AUGGAGGAUGCGGGUCAGAGCAAAGCAAUGGCGGCGGCAGUGAUGAGUAGCUGCGACUGUGACGACGCCGCGGUCGACUGGAGGGGAAGGCCGUGCCGGCCGCGCCACCACGGCGGUAUGCGCGCCGCCGCUUUCGCCCUAGGGAUGGUGGCGCUGGAGAUGGCGGCGGUGGCGGCGGUGGGCAACAACCUCAUCACCUACGUGUUCGGCGAGAUGCACUUCCCGCUCGCCGAGGCGGCCAACGUCGUCACCAACUUCGUCGGCGCUGUCUUCCUCCUCGCGCUCCUCGGCGGCUUCCUCGCCGACUCCUACCUCGGAUGCUUCCCCACCAUCCUCGCCUUCUCCCUCGUCGAGCUCGCGGGGCUCGUGCUGCUGUCGCUGCAGGCGCGCCUACCUCGGCUCAGGCCGCCGCCCUGCGACAUGGCGUCCGCCGCCUGCGAGAAGGCCGGGGGAAUCCAGGCUGCCGUGUUCUUCGCCGCGCUGUACAUGGUGGCGCUCGGCAGCGGCUGCCUCAAGCCCAACAUGAUCGCGCACGGCGCCGACCAGCUCGCGGGCGGCGCCGGCGCCCGCGCCGUCUCGACCUACUUCAACGCCGCCUACUUCUGCUUCUGCGCCGGCGAGCUCGUGGCGCUGACGGCGCUCGUCUGGGUGCAGACGCACUCCGGGAUGGGCGUCGGCUUCGGCGUGUCCGCGGGAGCCAUGGCCGGCGCGCUCGCCUGCGUGGCGUCCGGCGCGCCGCUCUACCGGAACAAGCCGCCGCGCGGCUGCAUCUUCACGCCUAUUGCAAGGGUGUUUGUUGCUGCAUUCACCAAGAGGAAGCUGAUCCGCCAUUCUAGCUCAUCCAACAACCUUGCCGGCGACGGCGGAUUCCGACACGCCGACAAGUUCAGGUUCUUGGACAAGGCGUGCGUGAGGGCGGCGCGGCGGAGCGACGGCGGCGGCGACGCGCCGUCGCCGGAGAGCCCCUGGGAGCUCUGCACGGAGGCGGAUGUCCGGCAGGCCAAGACGCUGCUCGCCGUGGCGCCCAUCUUCGCGUGCACCAUCGUGUUCAACACCGUGCUGGCGCAGCUCCAGACGUUCUCGGUGCAGCAGGGCGCCGCCAUGGACACGGCGCUGCCCGGCUUCGGCUUCCGCAUGCCGCCGGCGUCGCUGCAGGCCAUCCCCUACGCCGUCAUGCUCGUCCUCGUCCCGGCCUACGAGCUCCUCCUCACCCCUCUCUCGCGGCGGCUGCUCGGGCGCGACGCCGGCGCCGUCACCCCGCUCCGGCGCGUCGGCGUGGGCCUCUUCACCGUCGCCUUCUCCAUGGUCGCCGCGGCCGCCGUCGAGCGCCGGCGGCGGCGCCGCGCCGCCGCGCCGGGCGGGGAGCGCAUGUCCGUUCUGUGGAUCGCGCCGCAGUUCCUGGUGUUCGGCGUGUCGGAGAUGUUCACGGCGGUGGGCCUCGUCGAGUUCCUGUACGAGCAGGCCGCGGCGGGCACGCGCGCGUUCAUGACGGCGCUCACCUACUGCUCCUACGCCCUGGGCUUCUUCCUCAGCUCGGCGCUGGUGUCGCUGGUGAACAGCGCCACGGCGGGGCGCGCCGGCGCCGGCGCCGGCGGCUGGCUCGGCGACAACGACCUGGACAAGGACAGGCUGGACCUCUUCUACUGGACGCUCGCCGCGCUCAGCGCCGCCAACUUCUGCUGCUUCUUGCUCUGCGCCAGGUGGUACAGCUCCGGUGCAGCAGCAGCAGCAGCUGCUGCUCGCUCUGCUGCUGCAGCUCAGGUUGCAGCAGAAGGCAAUGCCGUGGAGAUCAUUACCUGAGAAUUAGUUACAUCAUUUGCGUAUAGAUGCAUGUGACUCUCUGCACUGCAUUAGAAAAUGAUGACAAGGUUUAGAGUAAUAAGCAGGAUGAGUCACAUGUAGUUUUACCGUUACAAUGCAGAGCUUUGUGAUAGGGACUGUAUUGCAGUUCCAGGGAUGCAACAAUUUAGCUGAUAUUGGUGCUAUUUUGAACC